AUGACCGCCCCAACGACAACAUCCCCCUCCUCGGAGGCCACCACCACCACCACCACCACCACUCUCAACACAAUCGCCACCCUCCACCAAUCGCUCACGACCGAAACAACCCCGCUCCCCGUCCGCUUCCGCGCGCUCUUCUCGCUCAAGCACGUCGCGGCCACGCACCCGGCCACGUCAGCCGAAUCACUGGCGGCCAUUGACGCGAUCGCGGCGGGGUUCGCGUCGCCGUCGGCGCUGCUGAAGCACGAGCUGGCGUACUGCCUGGGCCAGACGGCGAACGGGGCGGCGAUCCCGUACCUGACGGCGGUGCUGGAGGACACGGGCGAGGACGCCAUGUGCCGGCAUGAGGCGGCCGAGGCGCUGGGGGCGCUGGGGGACGUGGCGAGUCUGGGGGUGCUGAAGAGGUUCCGGGAUCGGGAGGGGGAGGAGGUGGUGGUGACGGAGACGUGCGAGCUGGCGGUGGAGAGGAUCGAGUGGGAGAAUGGGGAGGGGAAGAAGGCGGAGAAGUUGAGGGCUAGUGAUUUCUCCUCGGUCGAUCCCGCGCCGCCUACGGCUCAGGGCCAGGAGGAGCAGACAGUGGAGGAGCUGGGUAACGCCCUGAUGGAUACAAGCCUGCCGCUCUUCAAGAGAUACCGCGCCAUGUUCGCUCUGCGCGACUUGGCGUCGCCGCCUGACCUUCCUACCGCUGUCCCUGCCGUCCUAGCCCUGGCUAAGGGGUUCGCCGAUUCCUCCGCCCUAUUCCGCCACGAAAUCGCCUUCGUCUUUGGCCAACUAGCACACCCAGCGUCCAUCCCUGCGCUUACCGAGGCCCUGAGCAACACUGAGGAGGCGAGCAUGGUACGGCACGAGGCCGCCGAGGCGCUUGGCAGUCUAGGAGAUGAAGAGGGCGUCGAGGAGACCCUGAGGAAGUUCCUGCACGAUGCCGAGGCGGUCGUUCGCGAGAGCGUAAUCGUGGCCCUGGAUAUGGCUGAGUACGAGAAGAGCAAUGAGACCGAGUACGCGUUGAUUCCGGAGGCGCAAGGGACUGCUUAA